AUGGAGGAGACGAGGGGUGUCCUCCUCAAACAAGAAAAAGAGCCAUGGCGAGUUCUGGAAUUCUAUAGUGGCAUUGGUGGCAUGAGAUAUUCACUAAUGAAGGCUGGUGUUAAUGCAAAAGUAGUGGAAGCUUUUGACAUAAAUGACAAAGCUAAUGACGUUUAUGAGCACAAUUUUGGUCACCGUCCCUAUCAGGGUAAUAUUCAGACUCUGACAGCAGCUGAUCUGGACAAUUAUGGGGCACACGCGUGGCUACUUUCACCUCCUUGCCAACCCUACACUCGACAAGGUCUUCAAAAACAAUCUGGUGAUGCUCGAGCAGUUUCUUUUCUCAAGAUUCUUGAACUUCUUCCUCAUACUAAGCAACCUCCAAAUAUGUUGUUCGUGGAAAAUGUUGUUGGAUUUGAGACGUCAGAUACACAUGCAAAAAUGAUAGAGAUGUUAGCGAGUUCUGAUUUUAUUACACAAGAAUUUAUCUUGAGCCCGCUGCAGUUUGGUGUGCCUUAUUCCAGGCCACGUUAUUUUUGCUUGGCAAAAAGAAAGCCUUUAUCCUUUCAGCACGAAGUCUGCAAUAACCAGUUGCUUUGGUCCCCUGGUCCAUUGUUUGAGCAUAAUGAAAAUACCGUAACAGAUGGAUGGGAUAAACCACCAGCAAACUGGGAUGAUUUGAUCCAUUCUUGUGAGUCAGUUGAGAGGUUUCUUGAAUUCAAGAACUCCAGCUACCGAGUAGCUGGAGGAACUGGAACUGAUGUCUCAACAGAUUGUUCUGGAGCUUUGGAGAACGUUGAUGAAAGAAAUCUUAGAACGAUGAUCCAGUAUAUCGUUCCAUUAAGCUUGAUAGAGAGGUGGGGAAGUGCUAUGGAUAUUGUCUAUCCCGAUUCAAAGCGAUGCUGUUGUUUUACUAAGAGUUAUUAUAGAUAUGUGAAAGGCACUGGAUCGCUCUUGGCCACUAUUCAGCCAAACAUCAAGGGAAAAGCAUCUUUGUUGAAGGAGCAAGGCCUUAGAUAUUUUACCCCUAGGGAGGUUGCUAAUUUGCAUUCCUUCCCUGUGGAGUUUCAGUUCCCAGAGGAUGUAAGCCUUAGACAAUGUUAUGCAUUGUUGGGAAACAGUUUAAGCAUAGCAGUGGUUGCUCCCUUACUCCGCUAUCUGUUUUCUCAGCAAUCAUGA